ACUGUUUACAUUAACAAGAGAAAUCGCUCGUGGCAAAAAGGCAGUGCGUAGAUAACACUCAAUGUGUUGUGCUCUUUCCUUUUCGAAAGACACGUUUCCCCAACCAACAUUGAUUCUGUAAUACUUUAUUUAUAAUUUAUAUGACAGUAUUAAUCUAACGGCGACACUUGGGGAGGAAUUCUGUAAAACACAGGUUAGCGAGCAAGCUAAAACCAACUAGCAAUUCUGGUCUUCCAACGUGAGCUUUGGCCUGAACACUCGAUGCGAGUGUAAAUGUGGAUCGUCCGCGUCUGUUUUACAUAGUCAUUUACAAAGACAGCUGGGUUAACCAAAUAAGUAAUACAACUAAAGUAACAAUCGCUUGCGGUACACGUCAAAUGCCUCUCGCUUUCAAGCUUUGAUUUGCAAGUCUCAAGAUAUCGUUGCCAUUGCGUAGUGAACACGGCUAGCUUUCGAAAUCAACAGCUGCUCCGACGCAUAUAACAUUUGAAACAUGUCUGGUGCAGUGGCCACGUUUCAAACACAACUUUCUCGUGUGAUGGAAACGGUUUUUAAAGCUGCUAUGUACGAGAUCACCCGGCUGGUGGAGGACAGUUUCUUGGAGGAGGUGACAAGGAGCCGAGAACAGGUCGAGUCACUAAAGAGGCGGUUGAAGUGGUCGGAGAGUCGUCGCAGGGAGAGAGACCGAGAUGUCAUUGGGAGAUGUGUCGACUGCGAGAGAAAGGGGCUGUCUAACGCGGAGGAUGAUGAGAGAUCCACAUCAGGACAGACAGAGAAGAGCCCAAAAAAGGAAAGAGUGCCAAUGGAAGAAAUUAACAGCUGUCAGGGCAUUGCAGGAGCAACACCCAGCAGUGACUGUAAAGAAGCCCUACCAUUAACCAAAAGCUCAAUGAAGUCCAUAGCUGUAGGGAGUGAAAAACUGGACAGACUGCUAAAGGAGGAGACUCUUCGCAUCACACCAGAUAGCAUUGAACUUCAGGAGAGAUGGGGAGUUAAUCUGGAUGGAUCAGAAGAGUCAGAUCUUUCUGGGCCCAGUAAACAUUUUUCUGACCAGGAGAUUCAACAUUGCCAGGAGGACUGGGCGCCUGGCCUAGACCGGAGGCCAGAGCCAGGGCUAGAUGGUGAAUCAAGUGACCAGUGUGAACCCCUUUACCGUAACCGUUAUAGCAUGGAAGAUCUUGGUGGCUUUGACAAGGCUGGGUAUGAAGGUGGUAAUAUGUUAGAUAUGAGUGGCCUUGAUGGGGCACAGGAGUCACCAUCCCAUCUAGGUGAGGAGCUUAGUUACAUGGGCCAUUAUGAAGGGGAUCUAGGGGCAUGUGACAGAACAGAGAAUAAAAGUUACCAACCAGGUCUCUCCCAAAAUAGAAAAGGUGCAUUUAAUUCAACUACAGGUUCACCCUCAAGGGCAAAUAUAGAGGUGAGUGGAGAGUUUAGCUGUCUGCUGAUCAAUGAAGAAGGGUACCUACAGGACUCAAGUAUCCUGUACCCUGAACACAUGUCUGGUGAAUCAGGCACCGGAGUGAGCUUCCAGGAUGAACCAUCUUUAGACGGCGUGGGGGACAAUGGUUAUUCAGAGACAUACAGCCAUACUCCCUAUGUUGGGGAGAGGUUACAGCAUCAGACAGGAGGGAGGAGACACAACUGUAAUCAGUGCUCUAUGUCCUUUGCUGACUCUGCCUCUCUCAAGGCACACAAGCAGACACAUCAAGCUGGCCAGGGACCUCCAUAUUCUUGCAACCAGUGUGGAAAGACCUUCACCCAAGCUUGUAACCUCAAAGUCCACCAGAGGAUUCACUCAGGGCAGGGGCUUCACCUCUGCAGCCACUGUGGAAAGGGUUUUCCUUCUUUCUCUGACCUAAAGACGCACAAGUGUAGCCAAACUGGUGACAAGCCUUAUUCCUGCACUGUAUGUGGAAAUAAGUUCAGCCGCCUGUGGAAUCUGAAGUUGCAUCGGCGGAUCCAUACACAGGAGAAACCUCACCGAUGUGCCAUGUGUGAUAAGAGCUUUACACGGGCAGAUAUCUUGAAGGUUCACCAACGCACCCACACAGGGGAGAGACCAUACUGUUGUGGUAUCUGUGGCCUCAGCUUCAAACGCCUGGAUCAUCUAAAAUCACACCAGCGUAAGCACAGGACAGAUGUGUAAAUUUGGAGAAGGUUGAAACAAAAGAAAUAAUGGUGAAUUCUAUAUUUUGACGUUUGCAUUAUCAUAAGAAUUUAAACUUGUGUUUUAUUUAUAUUAUUGGAAAAAGGUUAUUUUGUCAAGGUUACAACACGGUUAAGUUACACUUUCUUUUCAGCUAAAGCUUGAUUUAAAUUCCUCAUGAUUCCAAAUCCCACAGUAUUGACUUGACUAUUUAUAGAUAGUAUGAAAAACAUUUUUUGGAAAAUGGUAUAUGGGUAUAUCUUGUUUGUACAAAUACUAACUGCAUUUAUCAUUGCUUAUUUAUAUUAUUUGGUUGCACAAACUGUAACUUAUGUUUACCUAAUAAAACAAUGACUUGGGUGAUUUCAUGUCAAC